AUGCUGAAAGAAGAAGCACAGAUGGAUUGGAGAUACAACCUUUGCGCCAAUGCAGCCAACUGGGUGUUGCUUGCGGGAUACGUGAUCAUUCCCGGAACGUUCACUUCAUUGAAAAAGUCCAGCGAAGUCCAAGAUGCGCUUCAAACGAAUGGUAACCCUCCCCUCCUUGUUAUCUCGUUUCUCUUUCUCAUUGCCGGGAGUGCUAUGUUGGGCUGGCUCUGGGCCAAGUUCAGCACCUGUUAUCCCUGGCUCAUCAACAAAAUUUUCCUGCCAGCUUGCCUUAACGCUAUUGCUGGGUUGCUGACAACGGCAGUCAACGUUUCGGUUUCGCAGGCUGGAACCUGCUCUGUGAUGGCUCUAACGACAAUUAUUGUGAUAGCAUUGACAUUCGUGCUGUUUGGUGUCUCAUUGAUGGUCUACAAAUUUGUCAAAUUGAAAAAGAUCUUGAAUGACGAUCAACUCGAAGGCCAGGCCCAGGCUGUCCUGAGAGAUCGCUGGCAUCCUGGCCUGCGAGCGGCGUUAUCCCAGGCCCAGACUGCCUUAGAUGAACACACAUCCGUAACCUUGGAAGCGACUGUUACGGAAGCUCUCGCUCUUUCUGAGCUCUUUAAUGGAUGUAUGCCUCCAACAGGCGUCGAAGCUGACGCCUACGCAGCUGGAGUCCCACAGAUGGCUAACCAACGGGCGCGAAGCGGGAUUAACCGACUGUGUCAUUAUCUUACUAAACUUUGCUUGGCGUACGUGACUGACAGCUCUCAGACCAAGAAAAUCUUAGGGGCAAAUUAG